UUCCCUUCUCCUCCAAAGGCUCUUCCUUUCGCUGCAGAGAGCUCUCGAGCCUCCAUGGAGUCAACCAGUGAACUCCGCGCCGAGUGGAGCUUCGAGACGACUUGGGCUGUCUCCGGCGGCUCCCUCGGGAACUCUGUCACGGUCGAAUCCUCCGUUUCUCCUGUCGACGAAGCCGCUCUCAGUUCAGCUCCCAAAUCUCACCUCGUUCUGUCUCCUCCCCCGUCAGCCGAUCCGGGCCCCUGCGAGAUCACGAUCAAUUUCUCGCAGAGAUACGAGGUGAGGCAGGUUUAUGUUCGGAGCACUUCUCGAAUAUACGAGAUAUAUUACUCUCCGAAACCACAGGCUGACAAUGAGUAUCUUUGCACUGUUCGUUGUGGGGUGGCGGCUAAAGUUGAAGCUGCUGAUGUGUGUUGUGGUGGGGAAUCGGGUUCAACAUGUAUCAGGGACUCUAAUGAGGGCCUGGACGAAGAAAGAUACAAAGACGAUAGCUCUAACUCCAAUGAUGAUGAAUGGAUUAAUAUCAAAGGCCCCAGUUCACCUGCAGUUACUGAUGGGAGCACCUCCUUGCAUUUGAAGAACAACGUGAUUAUGGAUUUUUAUGAGGCAACAGCGGAGAUCUCUGAUGCAGAGCCCUGCAUAUCUCUCACACUUCGUCUGCUCUCAAUUCAAAGUGGAAGUUGCGUGUAUGUUGAUGAAGUCUAUGUUUUUGUUGACCCUAUUGAUCCUCAUUUGGAAAUUCAAGAGAAUAAGGCAGAAAAUUCAGCUGGAAGUUCUCUUUUGUCGAUGCUGGUACCUUCCCUUCUGCAGCUCUCCAAAUCAAAGGGUGCUAGUGUUCUCCCGGAAAAAGGUUCCUCUGAUUCAAGUGCUCACGGAAAACAAACUACAACUGGGAUAGAAGUGACAGAGCAACAUAAAUUUUCUAAAGAAUCUGAGUCAACUUCAUUUUCAAAGGUAAAUGAGCAGGAAGUGAAAUUUGAAGUCCCCAAUGACAAGGCUGUCCACCCUGUUGUCGAAUCAGCUCAUCAAACAUCUCAAAAUCCACAUAUUGAGAAAAAGCCAGAUGCUUCUUAUAGUCACAUUGAAACUGUCUUGGAGCAGCUUGUUUCUCGCAUUAGCAGAAUUGAAGAUCUCUUCAUGAGGUUUGAGAAAAAUAUGCUUAAGCCGAUCAGCAAUAUUGAAGCUAGGUUGCAGCAUGUGGAGCAAAAACUCGAAGCACUUCAUGAAAAAACCCUCAGUUCUGGAGAGCAGUCUUGCAAGAGAUUUUCGGCUCCGGAAUGUUCACUGACUGAUUCAAAUAUCAACUCCUACGGUAAUGAGAGUGAAUAUCAUGAUCAUGGAGAGUUAGAACCCUAUAAAAAGGACUGUUCAGAUAAUUUCUCUGUCCCACCUGAAGAUAAUAAGUCCGACUCUGAAAGUUCUGGUCAGUUGCUUCCAUGUCUUACAAUUACAGCUCCUGAUUUUUCGCAUGGGGAUGAUGAGGAAGAGAACCCUGUGGUGGAAAGUCGGGCAGUGGCUGAGUCUCCUAAAGACAAAAGACAAGCUGUGUCAAUAGAUGAUGCCCUUGCAUCUGCUUUUGCUGGAUUCUUGUCAUCUACUUCAAUUCAACCCCAAAGAUAUUCCGAGUCACUCGUGGUGAGGGCUCCCGAGUUCUCAACUGAAGAUGAGAACGGCGAAGAAAAUGCUUCACCUAGAGUUCAGUAUGAUGCGGCGGCGACUGAUUCUUCUGUUGGCUUGAAUGCGACUGAUGAAAUGAAGUUAUCCAAGAUUUCCUUUCUAGAAGGUGUAAAUUACGAGGAUCCAUUAGCGGAGAUUGCCAUAGAAAGUAAUAAUCUGGGGCAGCCCAGUAAGGAAGAAAAUUCACAUGAAGCAAGGGAUAUGACAGAUGAUGCUGCUAAACCCAUCUCUGGAAGCAUAAGUUCUCAUCAGAUAAUCCCCAAAAAUGAAGAUGGAGAACCUAGCUGUGAAACAGGUUCUAGCCCGGUUCCUGAUGAAUCUGAGGCUUUGGAGGAGUUGCCUCUGACAGAUAUCAAGAGUAGUUCCCAUCCUGUGGAGGAAGAAUUAACAAAUUCUGCUAAUGCCAAAUUUAUUGCUUGUGAAGUUCCAAGGAAAGACUCGGAAGAAGAUAUACUGCAUGAUGUUCUUGCAAUUUCUCAACCUGCUUCCGUGUUGGAUUUUGGAACUCCUAUUCUUGAUGUGAAAUUUAUGUCUCAAGAAAACUGCACAUCCAAGUCUGUCCUUGAAGCCCUACUCGGCGGUUCACUAGAACCUGAUAUUGCUGUUCCAUCUGAUGAGGGGAUUCUUGAAGCCUUUGUUUCUGAGGACCAGAGCAGUCUAAUUGAGCUGGAUAAAGCAAAUCGAUCAGACCUGGCUGUGAACAGCAGCUUUCCAGUGGAUAUGGACUACUGUAGUUUGCAAGAGUUACUUGUUAAUCCCGACUCAAAAAAGCUCCCGGAUGAUUGUACUCGCAGCUACGAGGAGGUCUCAGCUGGAAGUCUAAUAUAAGGCUUACUCAAUUGUCAGGUUAGCAUUCAUAUGUAUAUAUCUCGUAUAUAACUCCUACAGACAGCAUGCCUUCGGCAUCAACUCUGCAUUUGGUUAGUAUCUAACAUUUCUCUGACUUAGCAAAGACAUGUUGAUCUUUUUGCUUCUUGCUGGUUACGUCAAAUUUCUAGAUCUCAAGUUGAGUAUUAGAUGAAACUUUUUAUUCCCAGAAAUAUAAUUUGCUUACAAUAAACAGUAAUUGGUAGGA